AUGCUAUCGCCGCAGUCGUUUGAGCGAGCAAACUCGCUCGUCGCCGUCCUCGUCGACAGCUCCAGCAAUGCCUCGUCCGGCGGCGGGCCGCACCCGUCCAUCCCCCAUCUCGUCCUGCUCGUCUUCGAAGCGGUGCUCGAGGUCGUCUGUGUCAGUCUGCCGGGCUACAUCAUUGCGCGCAUGGGCAUGUUCGAUGCAGAGUCGCAGAAGUUCGUCGCCAACCUCAACGUCAUGCUUUUCACUCCUUGUCUCAUCUUCACCAAGCUCGCAUCCCAGCUCACCGCAGGCAAGCUCGCCGAUCUCGCCAUCAUACCGGUCCUCUUCUGCAUCCAGACUCUGAUAUCUUAUAUCUCUGCCGUCAUAGUCUCACGCUGCUUCGGCUUUAAGAGGCGCCAGUCUAACUUUGUCAAGGCCAUGGGAGUGUUCGGAAACUCGAAUUCGCUGCCCAUUUCGCUGGUUAUAUCGCUCUCCCAGACUCUGUCCGGCCUGCACUGGGACAAGAUUCCCAACGACAACGAUAGCGAGGUCGCAGCGCGAGGCAUCCUGUAUCUGCUCAUCUUCCAGCAACUUGGCCAGGCCGUCCGUUGGAGCUGGGGAUACCACGUUCUCCUUGCCCCCGGUGAGGCCUACCUACGCGACGAAGAGGAGAUCGCCAAUGCUCGGCUGGACGACGUAGACAGGUACCUCGAUGAGCCAGAGCUCGAUUCGGCUCGCACCGCCGUCAACAGCGGACAGGUCACCCCAGCAGCUAGGUCCACACAUUCCUCUUCCUCAGAGGACUUGCACAUCGAAUCCGGCUUUCAGACCCCUGUUCUGGAGCGACACCGUCCAUAUGCCAAAACCAACUCCAAGAAUGGCCGUUCAGAUGACGACCCCGACCAUCCAAUCCUCGUCCUGCCUCAUGGCCAAUUCAUUGCUCGGCCAGACCACGAUGACGACCUAAUUCACUUCCCCCCCGUCCAAGAACAAGAUCAGAAAAAACAAUUGCUCCAAUCCAUCCUCGCCUCCAUCACCAAAUUCAUACACUCCGUCUCGCAAAAAUCCUUCGCAGCACUCCCUCUCCCACUCCAGAAACUCUUCAGCUGGAUCUCCUCUCGCCUCACCUCAUUCUUCUCCGGCCUCUGGGCCUUCAUGAACCCUCCCCUCUGGGCCAUGCUUGUCGCCGUCCUAGUGGCCUCCAUCCCUUCCAUCCAACGCGUCUUCUUCACCCCCGGAAACUUCCUAAGCAACUCCGUCACCCGCGCUGUGAAACAAUCGGGCGGCGUCGCCGUGCCACUCAUUCUAGUCGUUCUAGGAGCAAAUCUGGAACGAAGCACGUUGCCCAAGGACGCCCUGACGGACGAUGAAGAUCCAAAGGAAGAACGGAAACUCAUAGUUGCAUCGCUGGUGGCUCGUAUGGUUCUGCCAACGCUUAUCAUGGGGCCCAUACUGGCGUUAACAGCCAAGUACGUGCCCGUCAGCAUAUUGGAAGACCCAAUCUUCAUCGUCGUGUGCUUCUUGCUGGUCGGCGCCCCGUCUGCCCUCCAGCUGGCGCAGAUAUGUCAGAUCAACAAUGUCUAUAUGGGCGCCAUGUCGAGGAUAUUGUUCCAUUCCUAUGUUAUCUGGAUCCUACCCUCGACACUCAUACUAGUAAUAUCGGCACUGCAGGUGGUGCAGUGGGCAGCCAACUAG